GGAGACCGGGAGGGGAGGGGAGACCGGAGGAACUAAGGCUGUAGUCUGGUCCAUUCGGUGCGCGUGUCAGCGCCGUGCGAGCAGUACAAAGCGUUCUUCCUCCUGCCCGAGUUUGCCGUGUCGUCUCCUCGCAGUGGACCGACCGAGAGAGACGCGGAUAUGGAGGAUGUCUACAAUUACACCCGCAGCCCUGCCUGGGAGGAGCUGGAGCCGGAUAAAGGGCCCGGGUCUAUGGCGCGGAUUCAUCCCCAUGUGGUGGGCGCUGUCUCGGUGUCUGCUACUGCGGACGAAUCGUCUGACAGCGAGGUGGAGCAGGAGGGUCCCCAGAAACUUAUCCGGAAAGUCUCCACCUCAGGACAGAUCCGAAGCAAGACGAGCAUAAAGGAAGGAUUGUUGCUGAAACAGACCAGCUCCUUCCAGAGGUGGAAGAAGCGUUACUUCAAGCUGAGAGGCCGAACACUCUACUACGCCAAAGACGCCAAGUCCGGCAGCGUGUUGGGCCGCUGGCAAGAGCGAGCGCUGCGCCGGGCGUCCCGGAGCCGCAUAUGCUGGCGAGCUCUGUCAGUCUGCUGGACUGGCGCACGGCACUCACCCCCACCUAUGGGUGCCAGCGGAUCUGAGGAGGGCCUAGUGAGAAUUCGGUCUCUUAUCUUCGAUGAAGUGGAUCUGUCAGAUGCCAGUGUUGCGGAGUCCAGUACCAAGAAUGUCAACAACAGCUUCACGGUGAUCACCCCUUUCCGUAGGCUCAUUCUCUGUGCCGAGAACCGUAAAGAGAUGGAGGACUGGAUCAGCUCACUCAAGUCCGUCCAGUCCAGAGAGCAUUACGAGACGGCUCAGUUUAAUGUGGAACAUUUCUCAGGGAUGCACAACUGGUACGCCUGCUCGCACGCACGGCCCACCUUUUGCAACGUCUGCAAAGAUAGCUUGUCUGGGGUCACGUCUCACGGCCUCUCCUGCGAAGUGUGCAAAUUCAAGGCCCACAAACGCUGCGCAGUUAGAGCCACUAACAACUGCAAAUGGACAACUUUGGCCUCCAUCGGCAAGGACAUCAUUGAGGAUGAGGACGGGAUUGCGAUGCCUCACCAGUGGCUGGAGGGCAACCUGCCCGUCAGUGCCAAGUGUGCCGUGUGUGACAAGACAUGCGGCAGUGUGUUGAGGCUGCAGGACUGGCGCUGCCUCUGGUGUAAAGCUAUGGUACAUACAGCCUGCAUGGACAUGUUCCCUCGUAAGUGUCCUCUUGGUCAGUGCAAAGUAUCCAUCAUCCCCCCGACGGCCCUCAACAGCAUUGACUCAGAUGGUUUUUGGAAGGCCACCUGUCCCCCGUCGUGUGCCAGUCCCCUCUUGGUCUUCGUCAACUCCAAAAGUGGUGACAACCAAGGAGUCAAGUUCCUGCGACGCUUUAAGCAGUUGCUCAACCCAGCACAAGUCUUCGACCUGGUCAAUGGCGGCCCACACCUAGGUCUCCGCCUCUUUCAGAAGUUUGACAACUUCCGAAUCCUAGUGUGUGGUGGUGACGGCAGUGUGGGCUGGGUGCUGUCGGAAAUUGACAAGCUCAACCUACACAAGCAGUGCCAGCUGGGAGUACUGCCGCUGGGUACAGGCAACGACCUGGCGCGCGUGCUGGGCUGGGGCCCGUCUUGCGACGACGACACGCAGUUACCGCAGACCCUGGAGAAGCUGGAGCGAGCCAGCACCAAGAUGCUGGACCGCUGGAGCAUCAUGACCUACGAGAUCAAGAUCCCUCCUAAGCACAGCUGCCCCGCCACGCCCGAGGGUGCAGACGGUUGCCAGUUUCACAUUUCAGCUUACGAAGAUUCCGUGGCGACUCAUCUCACCAAGAUCCUCAACUCGGAGCAGCACUCUGUGGUCAUUUCCUCCGCCAAGAUCCUGUGUGAAACAGUAAGGGAUUUUGUCACCAAAGUCGGGAAAGCCUAUGAAAAAAGCACAGAGAAUGCUGAGGAGUGUGACUCCAUGUCUCUCAAGUGUGCCAUCCUGAAUGAGAAACUGGACUCCCUCCUCCAAACGCUCAACACUGAGUGCCAGGUCCUACCUCCACUGCCCCACGCCACUCCUCCUAUCGUUGAGGAGGAGCAGGAGGACGAGGAGGUGACGGAGGGCGAAGAAGAGGAGAAACCGGAAGAGGAGGUCGCCAGUGAGGACAGCCUGACGGCACUGAAGGAGAAGCUGGAAGAGGAGGAGACGGAGAAAAGUGGCAGCGGUGGCGCUUUCCCGCAGGUGCUCUUCAAAAGUCGGGAGCAGCUGGUGUUGAGGGCCAACAGUAUGAAGAAAGCUUUGCGGCAGGUCAUAGACCACGCAGAGAGAGUGGUGGACGAGCAGAAUGCCAACGUGGACGAAUCCGAGCCAACAUCCCCGCUGGAGUUCCGCAAGGAGAGUGAGGAGGAGAACCGGGACAGCGAGAAGGAUGAGGACACCAAGGAGCUAGAAGCCCUAGCACCGGUCAAGAGUGUGUGUUCUCCCACAGAGAGGAGGGUGAGUCGCAGCACACAGUCGUACAGUUCCUUCAGCAUUACACCUUUCACCACCAGCAAGGAGAACCUACCCGUGCUCAACACGCGCAUUAUCUGUCCAGGACUGAGGGCUGGACUGGCAGCCUCUAUAGCAGGAAGCUCUAUCAUUAGCAAGAUGCUGUUGGCCAACAUCGACCCCUUUGGCGCCACCCCCUUUAUUGACCCUGACCUGGACUCACUAGAGGGCUACAUGGAGAAAUGUGUGAUGAACAACUACUUUGGCAUCGGACUUGAUGCCAAGAUCUCCUUGGAGUUCAACAACAAGCGCGAGGAACAUCCAGAAAAAUGCAGGAGUCGCACCAAGAACAUGAUGUGGUACGGCGUCUUGGGAACCAAGGAGCUCCUCCAAAGGACCUACAAGAACCUGGAGCAGAAAGUCCAACUGGAGUGUGACGGCCAGUACAUCCCUCUGCCCAGUCUUCAGGGUAUCGCCGUGUUGAACAUUCCCAGCUAUGCCGGCGGGACCAACUUCUGGGGCGGCACCAAGGAGGAUGAUAUUUUCUGUGCGCCAUCAUUUGAUGAUAAAAUCUUGGAAGUGGUGGCUGUGUUUGGGAGCAUGCAGAUGGCUGUUUCCAGAGUCAUCAAGCUGCAACAUCACCGCAUAGCACAGUGCCGAACAGUGAAGAUCACCAUCCUGGGCGACGAGGGAGUUCCCAUCCAGGUUGACGGGGAGGCGUGGAUCCAGCCGCCAGGAGUCAUCAAAAUCCAGCACAAAAACAGAGCGCAGAUGCUCACACGAGACCGGGCCUUUGAGAACACACUUAAGUCGUGGGAGGAUAAGCUGAAGUACGACAAGCCCCCUCUGCGGCCUCACCUCUACUCGCAGCAGUCUGUCGACUUGGCCACAGAGGAAGAGGCCGCUACUGUGCAGCUGUGUGCCCGCGCCGCGGAAGAGCUCAUCACGCGGAUAUGUGAGGCCGCAAAGACCAACGGGCUCUUGGAGCAGGAGUUGGCACACGCCGUGAACGCAGCAUCGCACGCCAUCAACAAAACGCAUCCCAAGUUCCCUGAGAGUCUGUCCAGGAACACAGCAAUAGAGGUGGCCAGCACUGUCAAGGCUUUGUACAACGAGACCGAAACCCUUCUUGUGGGGCGGGUCUCUCUGCAAUUGGACCCACCAGAGGAGGAACAACUUUCCAGUGCCUUGCAGAGUGUGGAGUUGGAACUGGGAAAAGUGGGCGACAUAUCGUGGCUCUACCACAUUCUGCAGCCCAAUGAUGAGGAGGUUGAUUGUGCUUGUGUACCAGGACCACUCUCUGGGUUAUGGCAAGAGGAACAGUCGCAGCGGCGUCUUUCGCAUAGUGCCCAAGUUCAAGAAGGAGAAGGCGGCCAAAAAGACCAGCCCGCAGUCAGUGGAGAGAUGGGGCACAGACGAGGUGGGCGUCUGGCUGGAGCAGCUGAGUCUGGGAGAGUACCGGGACACCUUCAUCCGACACGACAUCCGAGGCUCGGAGUUGUUGCACCUGGAGAGGAGGGACCUGAAGGAUCUGGGGAUAUCGAAAGUGGGUCAUAUGAAGAGAAUCCUCCAGGGAACUAAGGACCUGGCCAAGACCUCAAUGGUAGAUCUUUAACCCGGAAGCAGACGCUUUCGAAGAGGGGAAACACACAAGCAUAUGUUCCCCCCACAUCACUGGAGAAGCUGGCAAUCGGAUCUGUGAAGCCUGUUUCCAAAGUCAAGGAAGAGGAGGGAAGAUUGUGAAGAAUCUUCACAAAAAGCCAUUUCUUUGACAAUUAACCAAUCAAUCAUAUUUCACACACACACACACACACACACACACACACUCACACACACACUGGUAUGCAACUAAACACAGUGCAGAUUUUCUUGUUCGACUUGUGAUAACAAAUAAGUAGCAAAAGCAGGAAAGCAGGACUUCCAUGAGUGGGGAUGUCGUUCUGGUUGUUGUUUAAAAAAAAAACAGUUUGUAGAACUUCAACAACAGCAUGUUCCAUGCUUGAUCGUUUAAGGUUUAAUUGCAUGAUUUAGUGUUUUUCAAGUUUCCGAAACUUUCCGAGUAUUAUCAGUGUCAUUUGUGACGACAGAGUGUGUCCUUUUUCGUGCACAUGAGGGAAGAGUUUUAAUUUAUUUUGUUUGCAUGACGAUGACGUGUCAAAGGUCUGCAUUGAGUGCCAUAUCUUUUGAGCAUUUUUAGAUUAAAAUGUGCUUUAUAGGAGGAUGUCGUUUUUCAAGUUUUUCAAGCUAUUAGGGACAAGGUUUACUGUGGAGGAAAAAAAUGGUAAACCAAAGUGAAUGUUACACGAAAAACAAUGUCAACUCACAAUUGUAUUUAUUUUUUAUUUUUUACUGCCGCUUACCAGUAGGUUUCAUUUUUCAUUAAAGAUGGCAGAAUAGUUUAUGUUGGUAUGUUACCGUAUUUCCUCAAAUAGACCCCGUGCCCCAAUUGACUGCCAAGUCUGCUUGAACUGUAGAACUGGCUUGAGCGUUCAAAAUCUGCUAUCUUAACAUUCACCUGAAAAAUAUAAAAGGUACAUUCUGAAAAACAAAAAAACCCACUGAAUUUUGCAUAGAGGGCUCUAUUUUCAUGAUUUUCUUGAAUGAUGUGAAUCGUGUAUGGAGUUCAUCAUACCUCUGUACCGACGCGGGUUAGUCCCAGUGUUGGUAAUUUCGCAGUUGAGCGCAGGCCGGAUCUGAGAGAUGGAGGUCUGCACCGCUGUGGGAGUGGUUAAAGCCAACUUCCCGUUAAAUGCGCACUGUGACAUGUGUCCCUCCAUCAUGUUAUUUCACAAUGCUGAAAUGCCCAGCAUGGCGGAGACCUAUUUGCCAAAUUGUCAAGCACUCACAGUGAGCCUUGCGCUUACACGAAAAUCAGCAUUCGCCGGCAUUUGCGCUCCGCAGCAGAUGCGCUGUCCAUGAAAAUAGAGCUCAAAUUGUCACUUUUAGUUUGAUCUAAAAGCGAAAUAAAAAUAAAUGGCCAGAUCAGGCAUGGUCUGUUUCCAUUAUCCAUUGAUCCAUUUUCGAAUCUGCUUAUCCUCACUAGGCUCGCAGGCGUGCUGGGGCCAAUUCCAGCUGUCUCCGUAGGUGGUGGGUUGGUAACCAAUGUCAACUGUUUCAAUUAUUUGUUUGUAAAAACAUACUUUUUUUAUGUAAGAGGGAAGCUUAGUUUUUUUUUUUUUAAACGUUUCGUAUUUAACAGAGAAGGGCAUUUCAUCAGACUGACUGAAGGUGCAUCUGUUCUCGUUGUUUCCGUCACGUGGGCCCUGCCUGUCCGAGAACGGAAGUUCCACGUCACACGCAUGCGCUGCGCACCCUGACACCCAGCCAAACCCCCGCCCCUCCCCCAAACAUUUAAAGACAGACAAGAGAUGCACACAGCAUGUUGAUUGGUGUAAUAAAAGCAAUAUGGGACAUGCCACUGAGGUGCGUGGAACUAAGAAGUAUACAAUGUUGUUUCUCGACGUCGUUUGUCGGACUGGGCCGGCAUGAAACACUGACGCUGCCCACCUCUGAUAUUUAAUGUUUCUAAAAUCAUCCCAAAAUGUGUGGCACUCGCUCAAAUUAAGUAAAUGAAUGCCCCCGGUGUCUACAUGAGGAAAUGCAUUUUUUUCUAUAAUCUCUUGCCUUAAUGCAAGUACAAAUUCUGCUACAAUAGAUUGACAGCACACCUCAACCUUUUGGCAAGUUCGCACAUUUAUGAAACACGAAUGCAAAUACGUUUUUUUCCUGCAGAACAUUGUGGGCAUGCAUGUUGCUUUUUUUCUUUACCAGUGGCAUUACAGGGUCUAUUAUUUCUUUCUAUAGGUAAGAUUGUAAAUACUGUAAAUCGUAUAUCUCGACAUAUGCACUGUCUCUACAGUACAGUAUAGCGGUGUAUGCAAGCCAUGUGCGUUAAAUAGUGUCAUCCAGUCAGUGGCUGACAUCGCAUGUGUGUCUCAACACAUUGGAUUUUGUGUUUAUGACACCGCGACACUUGUCGUCUCGUGCAUGAUCGUGACAAUAAUGUUGUGAUGGAAUGAUGGUGCAAUAUUUUGGUAAACUUUGAGUGGCGCACAGACCGCUCCCCCCACCGCCACACACAAGUAUUUCUUCCAGUGGUGCUUCCAUGAUGAGUUGUUAAAAUAGGAUUACUUUAGCGGAUGAGAGCGGGCUGGCUCAACGGUUUAGCUAUUACAGUAUGUCAUUUGUGUCGUUAAUAUAUCACAAGAGUUGCCAAACGUGUUAUUUAACAAUGCUUUAUUUAGUCCUUUUGUUUCGGAUUUUCACUUUCAUAAUUAUCCCCAAAAAUUGGAUCAAUUUGAUUUGAGUUUCCCAGUAGCAUUUUCGCUAGGCCUGAAAUCAGAAAUAUCAGAAAUCUAUUUGUUCUCCCUCGAAACAUUUGCUGCUUAGCAUUGAUCGUUGACUGAUUUCACCUUUUAUCAAACAUAAUGAAAUUCUCGUUCUCAGACCCACCUACAUUGUAGGUGAAGUUCCGUGAUACAGAAAGACCAUACAAAAGGUUGCAGUGUUCCAAUCGUGUUCAAUUGCUUCUGUGAUUGUAACCUGAUAGCUCAACACGCACCAUACAUGAUAUCUCUUUUUACAAUUCUGAUGUUUUUAUGACAUAUCUUCCUGUUGUGAAACUACUUUUAUGCUACAUAUCCGGAAUUGGUGGAUGCCCGAUGGAAUAUAUCACGGUGGUCUCCGAACAUUUGUUUGCUGUUUUGAAUCAUGUGCAAAUUGCAAUUAUCAGUGCAGUGUUAAACAUUGACUGUGAAAAAGAUUUCAUUCUGCAGUUAUUAGCCAAAGAUAAAAAUGUAACCAUAAAUACUUAUGACACUUUUUUACCAAGUUGCAUUGCUGUGGUUUAGUUACAUUUCAUUGUCAAGAUAUGCAUCCAAAGUGUCUGCCGGGUUUGGGUUGCAAAGUUCAAGGCAAGCAAAUGCCCCCCACUGCCCCCCUAUGUGGAAGCUGCCAUCUUUCUUUAAUGUCUGUAAAUAAUGCUCCAAACUGCCUGGUUUUGUCCAAACCAACCAUGCAAAAGGACCUGUCAUAGCCUAAAAAAAAAUGUGAUGGGAGUUUUAUUUGUUUACAUUGUGUUUACAGUUUUAAUUUGUAAGAACUAUCAAUCAUCUAAAAAUAUAUAUUUAUUGCCUAAUGUAUAUUGCGUGCAUUGUGUUCUCACAUUUUGAAUAUAAUGUCGUCUGUCACCUGUAUUGCUAUAUUGAAUGACUUCAGUAAAAAGUAGUUUAUUGAUAAUAAUAACAACAAAAAUAAUAAUAAUAAUGAAUACUUUUUAAUGACUACUAAGUGACUGUUUUCUGUGCCUUUUUAUGGUUAGAAAAUGCAUGAUUAUAUGUUUAUUAUAUACGGAUUUUAAGUCACUGAGAUGUGUAUUUUUGUACUCUGGAUAUAAAUACAUGGUUCAGCUUUUUGUUGUACAAUUUGCAAGGGUGCCUUACAAGAGGCCACCUAUACAGUACAUAUCUCUCUUCAAUUAAAAAAAAUAAGAAA